AUGUCUCAUCACUUCGACACCAUCGACUAUUUCAUCUGGACGAUUUCCUUGAGUAUCAUGUUUGGCUCUAUCAUUGCCAUAGCCCAGGCUAAAUUCCAAGCACCCCAGGCCCUUCUAGGAGAGCUGAAGAAUUGGGGAGACGAACGCUAG